AUGAAAUAUCAAGAAAGCUGCCUUCAGGAGACCGGUGCGCCACCCAAUGCCUUCACUGCCGAACAUGGCGACCAUGGAUUGCUUGGCAGGGUUGCUGUGGAGUUUGCGCAACAAGCCGAGAAGCUGUCGCACCAUCACUUACGGGAUGGCGAGGGCGAUGAUGUGGCGGUUGAGGCACAGUUCGUGACGCCGCACGACCCGGUUAUCGUCACAUCAGAAGGGAACCGGCUACCGACUGUACCGUUGCAAGAGGCUCACAAGUUGAACGUCCUGAGGGAGGAGCUGGAGGAGCUGGAGGGUCACAAACCAUCAACGUCGCUUGCAAAUGGUGACCAAUUUCCAGAUGGCGAUGCCAAGUGGGCCGAAAUUGUCAAGGAACAUGUCCGCAGCCUCUCUGCAGAAGAGUCGAAAAAUGGGACCGCAAAAUCAACAGACGGGAGCUUGACGAGGUCGAUGCCACCAUCUCAUACGAACCCCCUGUUUCCUCCCUUACCGCUUUAUGGGCCGCCCUCUCUUCUCCGCGAUCUCCAAUGUCUCACGUUCCGGAUAUCUUCUUUCUUCCUCAGCCUAGCCUUUCUGGGCGUUAUCGUGCUCGGUGCACUCUUUACGAGCCUCGGCCCCUGGUUUCGGCGCCUAUGGCAGCGGGCGACUUGCCAAGAUCCGGACGCUAGUCGCCCGUUCUAUAAGGAAGAGGUAAGACGGGCAAGACUAAGAAAUCAACAGGAAAUGAACUGGACAAAGAAGGGGUCACCUUCGCGCUUCCGGGGAGACGCGGAAGGCCGCAGCGACGAUAAUGUCGGCUUCAUACCUACGGAGGGCGGCCCGGAUCCCAUUGUGUGCGACCCAGCCUACUAUGCCCGUCGGGUAGGCCUCGACAUGGAGGAAUUCCAAGUCCAGACCGAGGACGGUUUCAUCAUCGACCUUUGGCAUGUCUACGAUCCCAAGGAAUACACCCCAUUACCGCCUGAAGAACGGGGCCAUCAUGGCCCAGACAUGUUUGCAGACGCCAAACGAAGUCGCACCGAUAAUUCGACGCAGAGGCCAAAAUUCCCCGUCCUACUGAUGCACGGUCUCUUACAGAGCUCAGGCGCGUAUUGUGUCAACGACGACGAUUCGCUGGCCUUCUUCCUCUGCAAGUCAGGCUUCGAUGUUUGGCUGGGCAACAACCGCUGCGGCUUCAAGCCGCGGCACGUGCUGCUCGAUUACUCGGAUCCGCGCAUGUGGUGCUGGAACAUACGCCAGAUGGGCGUCUUCGACCUGCCGGCGCUGACGUCGCGGGUGCUUUACGAGACGGGCUUUUCCAAGAUUGGGCUGAUCUGCCAUUCGCAGGGCACUACGCAGGCGCUGGUUGCCCUGGCCAAGGAGCAGCGCCCGGACCUGGGCGAGAAGCUUACCGUGUUCUGCGCCCUCGCGCCCGCCGCCUAUGCGGGACCUUUGAUCGGCAAGAUGUACUUCAAGUUCAUGCGCGUGAUCACGCCGGCUCUGUUCCGCCUCAUGUUUGGAAUCCAUGCCUUCAUACCGUUCAUGAUGGCCAUGCAUGCCACACUCCAUCCGCGCCUGUACGGCUGGCUGGGGUACAAGGUGUUUGCCUUCCUCUUCAACUGGACGGACGAGCGGUGGGAUCGUGGCUUGCGGGACAGGAUGUUCCAGUUUGCGCCCGUCUAUGUCAGCGCCGAGUCGAUGCGCUGGUGGCUCGGCCGCGAGUGCUUUGCCAAGCAAAAGUGCAUCCUGGCGACAAAGGAGGAGUGGCGCGCCGAGGAACGUGAGGAUCACGAGCAAGAGCGGAGGCGGUACAUCUUAGCGGCUGCGAAUCCCGACUUUGAGGGUCAAGGAGACGGCGAAAACCCGGUGCACGACGCUGAGACGCAUAGAAAGCGGCCCAAGGGAUCCACGGCGUGGUAUAAUAACCAGGCGCCGCCCUUUGCGCUUUGGGUAUGUGGGAACGACUGUCUUGUGGACGGAGACAAGCUGCUGCGCAGAUUCGAGCGAGGACGAGAGCCGCAUGUCAGUGUGGUCCACACCAAGGUCAUCCCGGAGUACGAGCACCUCGAUGUGAUUUGGGCCAUGGAUGCCGUCGACAAGGUAUUCAAGGAGGUGAGAGAGGUGUUGUGGAAGACGUGCGACGCGAGAGACAUCUGUCGUGUCCCACGCGGAUGCGAGGACGUGGCACCCUGGACACCACCCCCCCAGGCAAGUGAAGGGGAAGAGGAAGGGCUGCAGUCUAGCAGCAGCGAGGAGGUAUCGCAAUGA